AUGCUGUGCCACGCGGCAGCAUGGAGUACCAGCUCUAUCGCGCUCACCAUCGCGCUUCUGACGACAAUCAGCCUGGCAGGCGGGACUUGUUAUAAUCCUGACGGCAGCGCGCUGGACGACACAUACCAGCCGUGUGACAGCACCGCAGAAGAGGUCAGCAUAUGCUGUCAAACAGGCGUGGCACUGCAAGAUGGCGAGGACCACCGACACAUGAGCUGCACGGAUCCGACGUGGGAGUCACCGGCUUGUCUAAGCUUCUGUGUAGACGAAGACUAUGCCGGUCAGGAUAGAGAGAUCACUGUCUGUGACGACGGCAGUUAUUGCUGCGGGAGCAAGGACUCGGGAUGCUGCUCCGAGCGCGGAGGGGAGCUCAGAAGGAGAAACGGAGGGGCUGCUCCACCCACGAGGCAGACAACCAACCCAUCGCCGGCUUCACCCUCGGCCACACCAACCCCGACAUUCACUAUCGAAGUGAGCGACGUCACACCACCCGCCGAAACGACCAGCACCACCACCGCCCCGAGUUUCCCGACCAUCACACACCGACCAUUCAUCGGGCGUCGCGGGCUCUCGAGCCAAGCGACCGCCGUCAUAGCCGUCGGCGCUUCCUUCGGGGGAAUAGCGCUCAUUGCAGUAUCGGUCUACUUCGCAUCGAAAGUGAAGAGGAGCAAAGACGCCGGCGGCCAGGGAUCUCUGCCGAGCGGGGCACUGCCGUCGCACCAUGCGAUAACGAUGCAGGAGAGCUCACUUUAUGCGUCGACGCAGGCGAAGAUGGCGGAGGACUAUUGGAAGUCGCCCGUCUGGGGCAGGACGACGGCGUACGGGAGGUCGGAGCUGGACAGCACAACGCGGCCGCUGGAACUGCCGGGGCAUCUGCAUUCGGCUGAGUUGCCCGCGUACCAGUUUUAUAGGUAG